CUUUGAAAACAAGCAAAAAACAAUACAAAGAAGAAUGGUCAAUCCUCAUGUUUUGGUGGUACCUUAUCCAGCACAAGGCCAUGUAAUUCCUUUGCUUGAGCUUUCAAGAUGCCUAGUUGAACAUGGUGUCAAGGUUACAUUCGUAAAUACCGAGCACGUUCAUAUGCAAAUGAAAGAAGCAAUGGCAAUGGAGGAAGAUACAGGGAGUAAAAUUCAUCAGGUGUUUAUCACUGUUGGUUCGGAAGAUGGGAAAUACUCAUCAGGGAAGUUGACUGAAGCAAUUUUGAGGGUCUUGCCCCGAAAAUUGGAGGAGCUUAUUGAAGAUAUUAAUGGAUCAAAUGGCGAGAGUAUUACAUGUGUUCUUGUUGAUCAGACUCUUGGAUGGGCCCUGGAAAUCGCGGAGAAGAAGGCGAUUAAGCGAGCUGCCUUCUGCCCAGCUGCAGCUGCACUCUUGGUACUUGGGUUAAGCAUCCCAAAGCUGAUUGAUGAUGGAGUUAUCGACAAUGAAGGAACUCCCACAAAGAAACAAGUGAUUAAGCUAUCACCAGAUAUGCCUGCCAUGAACACGCAGGAGUUUGCGUGGGCAUGCCUCGGACACAAGGCUAUGCAGAAAAAUGUGUUUGAGCUUAUGCUCAGAAACAACAAAUCAAGGAAAUCAGCAGAGUGGUUACUUUGCAACUCGUCCUAUGACCUUGAGCCUGCAGCAUUUACCAUGACUCCACACAUUCUACCAAUAGGUCCACUUUUGGCAAGCAAUCGGCUCAAACUAGACUUUGCAGGAGAAGACUCUUGCUUGACUUGGCUUGAUCAACAAGCAACACAGUCUGUAGUGUAUGUUGCUUUUGGUAGCUUAGCAGUUUUUAAUCCAAUACAGUUCAAAGAAUUGGCCCUGGGGCUAGAACUCUCCAAUAGACCAUUCUUGUGGGUGGUGAGACCUGAUAUGAUGCACGCUGAAAAUGAAGCCUACCUGAAAGAAUUCAAUGACAGGGUAGCUACUCAAGGACUGAUAGUAGCUUGGGCACCUCAACAGAGGGUUCUGUCCCAUCGCUCCAUCGCUUGUUUUGUGAGCCAUUGUGGUUGGAAUUCAAUCAUGGAAGGUUUAGGAUAUGGAGUCCCUUUCUUAUGCUGGCCUUACUUUGCUGAUCAAUUUCUUAAUCGAACCUACAUUUCAGAGAUUUGGAAGGUUGGUUUGGGGUUUGAAAGAGAUGAAAGUGGUAUCAUAACAAGCAGAGAAAUCAAAAAUAAGGUGGAGCAGCUGCUAGGAAAUGGGGAAAUAAAAGCAAGGGCUUUGGAUAUCAAGAAACUGGUUAUGGAUGGCAUCAAAGAAGGCGGUGGCUCAAACAAGAAUUUCAAGGAUUUUGUUGAAUGGAUAAAGGGAUUGGUAUAAGUUCUUCCAUCUCUUGGAUGUCACAUUGAAUUAUCUAUGUAAAUGGAAAAUCGAUAAGCAAAUAAAGCUCUAGAUUUGGAGAUAAUACCCAUCUCAAGUUCAACUACUGCUACGCUUGUACGUAUUUGAAUUGUUAACAUGGUUUGAGACACAGUUAUUUUCGGAAUAAAGGCUGAUACCUCUGCUGGUGAUUGAAGUUUCAAAAUUCAUUUGCUUAAUCUGAGUCUCUGACAUCAUCUAACUUAAACCAAACUUUUGGCACCUAUGAUCAUUUUCGGUGGUCAAUCAAAUUGGUAUUGAAUUAUUGUUGGUAGCCUGUGUGUUUUUGCCAAAAGGAUUAUAGUAUAUAUCAAGCCGGUUGUUGCUACAAGAAUAGUGAAUAUGCACAUCUUCAAUACUUCCACAAGGAAUAAUACAAGGCGUCAAGGCGAGGAUAUUAAAGCCA